AUGGACGACGCGCGCGAUGCCCUCGACGCGCUCCUGACGGACGCGCGCGCGCAGCGAGCGCUCGCGGACGACGCGAGGUGCUUUCCCGAGUGUCGAGAAUCGCGCGCGCGAUCGAAAUCGCUUCGCGAAAUCGUCGCCGCGUGCGAAGCGCGACCGCGGUUGGGCGUCACGGACGCGCGAACGCGAUUCAACGCGUCGCGCGCGACGGCGGACGCGACGCACGGCGCGCGAGACGACGACGACCUCGAUGGGAUGGACCUCGGCGACGGCGCGGGUGUUGGGAAGACGACGACGACGACGACGACGCGAGAGGUCGAGCGCGAGCGCGCGACGACGCGCGAUGAGGACACGGGAACGAAAUUGUGGAUGACGUGCGAUGGGAUCGUGUUCGUGGUGACGGCGGAGGCGUCGAUGGGCGAGCGCGGGGGGGGGCGGGAGGCGAAGGCGAAGGCGAACGCGCCGGCGACGAGCGAGGACGCGACGACGGGCGAAGAGAACGAAAAGACGACGCAAUGGCCGGAACCGAAGCGGAGGAACGAAGGAGGGAGCGGCGAUAAAUCGUUGGUCGGCGCGGUGAAGGCGCUGAGAGGGACGCGGUUGGAGGGCGUGGUGGACGAGAUCGCGUCCAACGUCGAGCGGUUGGGGGCGAGCGGAAUUUUUGUGGUUUGCGAACGCGUGGGGGAUUCGGAUAACGUGCGCGCGUCCAAAAUUCGCGAUGCGCUCGUGAAAUUGACGGGCGUGGUUGGGAACAACGUGUUUUGCGUGCCCGAGGGCGCUCGCGAGGGGCUGAGCGCGGUGGAUGGGGGACACGUGGACGCUGAAACCGGCGGAUGGUUUAGCGGAUCGAGCGGGAAGAAGACGGUGGCGAAAGAUUUCCAGCUUCGUUUAGAUAAUUGGCAAUUAGAGUGGCGGAACAGUCGAGCGAAAAAACUCAGAAACGCUGAAUACGAAGCUAUACGCCAGGAGACGCAGUUUUGGGCGAUGUUUCUUCGCAAAGACGACGAGUGGCUCGCCGAGGAGCGCGAACGUGAGGAGGCGCGGAAAAAGGACAACGAAGCGGACGCAAAGGGCGAUGAAGUGAGCGCCGACGGCGCCGAAACGUCCAAGAUGGAUAAAGUGGAUAAAGAAUCACUCGCGCGCGUCCAUGAAACGGCUUCGUUGCUGGCGAUUCACAAAUUCCUCAAGACGGCGAUCGAGGGCGUGCCCAUGGCUGGCAUUCCCGGCGCCCCGGAGAUGGCUUGGAAACAUUUUCAAAAAUAUCCCGAGCCCGAACGUGCACCGCUCAUGAAUGCCGUGUACUCACACAACGUCAUUCAAUACGCCGCGGCGCUCAUGUUCGCUUGGCUGACGCCCGGACCCGUGGGCGCGCACGCGACGCAUUUCAUGAAUCGCUUUCGUAUUUCUCUCUUCUUCGCGUGUCUGUGCGGAUCGUCGCCGUUAGAUCCGACAGUGAUCACCACCGCCAUCGCGCUCGCGGCAGGGACGGAUAAGGAAAAUUUGCAGAUGUCCCCUGUUAUUCGUUUCAUGAAAGACGACGUUGAGAGUGAGGUUUCGAGCGAGGACGAGGCGUCGGAGGACGAGGACGCGAAGCCGCGGAUGGACAUCGAUGGCGUCGUGGAUGUCAAAUCGGCUUCGACAUCGUCGCUCGAUGAAUCUUGGGGAUCGCUCAAUUCAAUGUCGUCGUUAAUGCAAGACGCUCUCGACCGCGCCGUCGCGGAAGGGAACGAUCUCAAACGUCGAGCGUCAAAAAUGCUGGUUGAUUUCUUAAAUUCUGGCAACCGAACCGUGCUGAAGAGUCGUCGACGAGCGAUGAAAGCGGCGUGCGACGCAAAGGCUGACGCUAUGCAACAAAAGAAAAUGUCUUACGACGAAGCGGAGAAGAUGGCGAAGAAGGUCUUCGAUAGGGAGUUUUCUCGAGAUGCAACAAAGCGCUUGACGACGCUCAUAUUUGGACCGAAAUACUUUGCGUCGGUCACGGCGGAUAUAACGCAAGUGAUCAACUCUUCGUUUACGACGUACAUCGCGAUGUCGUCGAUCGAUAUUUUCUUACCCAUGGUCGAAGAACACGAAGAGAAGAUGCGGUUGAAGAAGGCGGAAGAGGAAGAACAGGCGAAAGCCGCCGCCGCCGCCGCCGCCGCCGCCGCAACAGCGGCGCUGACGACAAAGAAUGGCUUCAUUCACGUGACGCUCGAAGUCGAGAAAGAUUGCGUGCGAUGCACGCUCACCCCGACACCGUUACCGACGACGGUUGAAAAGUUGUUAAGCACGUCCAAGAUCAUCAGUGAAAAGACUGUGGCGUUGACGGCGAGCACGGCCGAGGCGGUAUCGUCGAGCGCUGAAGCCGUGUCCACGUGGGCGUCAAAAACCACGGACUCGGUGCGAAAAGAAACCAAUCGCGGUCUAGAGCUCGCUCAAGAAAACGCCAAGGCGAGCAUGGAAAGCGCAAAAAGUGGUUUGGAAAACGUCGGUGCGUUCUUUGACAGAACGAAGACGACACUGAAUUCGACCAUAACGUCGAGCGCGACCUCCAUCACCACCGUCUUUUCGUCGUUGAAGACGGGCGGCGACGCGAGUGCGAGCGAUGGUAAGGUUUCUAUCGACGUUCGUUCACUUCCGGUUCAGCGUAUUGCCGCCGCGCUGGAAAACGAAGAAGUCGAUCGCGUUAUCGCUGACUCAAAUUUGGUGCUCAAGAUGCCCGCGGAUUUGAUCCUCUCCAAGGCGCUCGGUGAUAUUUACAAGGAAGUGCGAGCAGACGCCUCGGCGUUCGUCAAAUACAAGGAUGACGAGACCGUCUUGCGCGCUAUCCAACGCCUGCUCGAGCUCGUCGUGGAAAGCGGUGACGAAGUCGCGAUCAACGAGCUCAUCAAACUCGGCGUCGUUCCGCGACCGAAAUCCGCGGCGCAAGCCAAACUCGAGGCGUGGCGAGAAAAUUUCCGCAAGCGUGAAUCUGAACCCGCGAGUGCGAUAAAGGACGACGCAAAGUCUAGUGAAGCAGCUGAGACACCGCCUCCAUCGACUGCUUCGAAAAUCAUCCCAGAAGCCUUGCGAUCCGCGUUCGCCGCGCCGCUGACGCUCUUUUCGCGCGCGUCGGCGUCCGCGCCGUCCGUCGACGCCGUCGACGCCGCCCCGUCGCCCGACGCCAAGAUCGCCGUCGAUGCCAAGGCCAAGGCGAGCGAUUCGGCGUGA